AUGGAGUCUUCUAUGGGCAAGCAUGGCGUGUUCAAACCUGCACCAGCCCCACAGACUCAAAACAAGCCAGGAUUGGAGAGCAAGAUGGCACAGCCCAGCGAACCGACGAAACUGGAGGGCUUUGGGACAUUCGCUGAAUAUGGGAGUUCUGGAAAGCUGAAGGGCAAGAAGGCUCUGAUCACUGGCGGAGAUUCUGGUAUUGGGCGGUCAGUCGCUAUUUUAAUGGCCAGAGAGGGAGCAGACAUUACUAUCGUUUAUUUGCCCUCAGAAGAAUCAGAUGCAAAGAAAACACAACAGUCUGUUGAAAAAGAGAAAAGAUCUUGCCUUCUCAUCCCAGGUGAUUUGAGAGAUCGAUACCUAUGCCAUUAUGUGGUGGAUGAGCAUGUGAAGAAGUCAGCAUUGAAUACCUAUAUUAUUCCCGACAUUGACAAACGACUGACCUCGAAAGUCCACAGAUAUGGCAUGAUCAAUAUACUUGUGAACAAUGCGUCGAAGCAAUACCUCUGUACGAAGUUCGAGGACAUCGAUCUAGAUAAGACCGAAGAUAUCUUCAAAACAAACAUUGUCCAGAUGAUAACAAUGGCGAAGUUUGCUCUUCCGCAUAUGGAACGAGGUGAUUCUAUCAUUAAUACUUCUUCUGUCGUGGCUUUUCGUGGAUCUGGGACCCUGAUCGACUAUGCUGCAACCAAAGGAGCCAUCGUCAGUUUCACUAGGGCUCUAGCAACAUACUUGAUUCCGAAGGGCAUUCGAGUCAAUGCAGUCGCUCCAGGUGCGAUCUAUACACCAAUUCAGGUCGAUACCCGAGAUGCCGAACAGAUGGAAGGAUGGGGUCACAAGGCCGGUCUUGGCCGACCAGGGGAGCCUAGUGAGGUUGCGACAAGCUUCGUCUUCUUGGCUAGCGCGGACGCUUCACUAUACUAUGGGCAAGUGCUGCAUUGUUAUCCACUUGGCGACUAG